CUUCCGCCUGAUGCCUCGAGUGCUUUGUCUAGUAUUGCUGCUCAGGCUGCUCCUACCUCUUUGCGCCGUCGCACGGCUACAUACCUCGCCCUUACCAAGCCGCGCCUGGCUUUCCUCGUUGUCCUCACCACUACCGCAUCAUAUUCGCUGUAUCCUGUACCCUCUCUCCUCUCUACCGCAGCCACCCAUACUCCCUCGCUGAGCAGUUUGACUCUGCUGUUUCUCACCACUGGUACAUUCAGCACAAUCGCAUGUGCCAAUACACUGAACAUGCUGUUUGAAACCAAUCACGAUGCCAAGAUGACCCGCACGCGAAACAGACCCCUGGUCAGGAAGCUCGUAAGCCCUCGAGCUGCUGUGCUGUUCGCCUUAGCUGCAGGUGCUACCGGCACAGCCAUCUUGUGGUAUGGCGUCAAUCCCACCACCGCCAUGCUCGGCGCCGCCAACGCCGUCCUCUACGCCUGCAUCUACACCCCUCUCAAACGCAUCCACCCCAUCAACACCUGGAUCGGCGCCAUCGUCGGUGGCAUCCCUCCAUUGAUGGGUUGGUGUGCUGCAGGCGGCCACUACAUAACCUCUGCCUCCUCAUCACCACUUUCCCUCACCGACGAAGCUUCAGCACUGUUGUUUAGUUCUGCUUCUGCGGGUGGGUGGUUGCUAGCUGCGUUGCUGUUUGCAUGGCAGUUCCCGCAUUUCAACGCUCUGAGCCAUCCUAUCCGCCAUGAAUACUUUGCUGCUGGGUAUAGAAUGUUGGUUUCAUUGAAUCCUGCUAUGAAUACCCGCGUUGCGUUGAGAUAUUCUUUACUCAUGUUUCCCAUCUGUAUCGGUCUUUCCUACGUCAAUGUCACGGACAAGUACUUUGUCAUCACGUCCUCGGCAAUCAAUUCUUGGAUGGCGUAUGAAGCUUUCAGGUUUUGGAGGUCAGGAGGUGGAGAAAGCAAGACUGCGAUUUUGACGGCGAGAGCGCUUUUUUGGGCGUCUGUGUGGCAUUUGCCACUUGUGCUUGUGCUGGCUAUGGCACAUAAGAAGGGGCUUUGGGAUGGUGUUGUGAGGAGUGUCAAGGGAGUGUUGGGGCUGGCGGAGGAGGAUGAUGAGGAG